GCGGAUGAGUCGGGCAGCAUUGCGGACCUGGCAGCACACACCACGAUGAUCAGCGUGUAUGGGAAGCAUGGGCUGGUGGAUAAGGCGAAGCUGCUCUUUACCAGCCUGAGGGGGGCGGGCAGACACUUGGACGCAGUGAUAUGGAACGCCAUGCUGAGCGCCCUGGGGAAGAAUGGGCGGGUGGAGGAGGCGAAGGAGCUGUUUGCGGAGAUGCUGGAGUGUGGACCGACGCCCACCGUCUACUCCUACUCUAUUAUGAUCGACUCGUGA